AUGGAUAAUUCAAUUCUUAUUUGGUUGAUUGACAAAACAAGAGAAGCUGAAGAAACGUUACAGAUCGAUGAACUAACUCAAUAUCCGGGCCUAUCGAUUGAAUCAUUUACCGAUAUUGAUGAAUUUUUCGAUUUUCUUACUCAAAUAAUCGAUGAAAAAAUCUUAAUUAUAUCCGAACCUUUAAUUACAACAGUUGUCUCAAUUUUUCACGACGUAUCAAUUCUACAUUCCAUUUAUGUCCUUUCAAGUGAUACAAUAAAAAACGAAGAUCAUAUAUCAUUAUUAGCAAAAUAUUACAAAGUUCAAGAUAUUUACACUGAUUUAUCCAUAAUGAGUAACAUUAUCAAGAAAAAUCUAAAAUUAGUUGAUAAUAAUUUUCAAUCAACAAAUAUUCUUCCUGUAUCUCAUUUUCAAUCAACAACAGAACCAGACAAAAUUGAUUCCAUGUUCAUGUAUUGUCAAUUAUUAAAAGAAAUAUUUCUCGAAAGGAAUCACGAUGAAGAAGAAGCCAAACGAAAAUCACUUGAAUUUUGUCGACAAGAAUAUGAUAAAAAUAGAAAUGCGUUACAAGUUAUCGAUGAAUUUUUACGUGAAUAA